AUGUCGGAAGACGAGACAACGAUCGAUGUUAUAAACCGCAUUUUCGAAGAGGCAAAGAAGGAAUAUGUCUGUCCUGGGUGUCUCAGCUCUUUCACUCGUUUUGAUUCAUUGGCAGAACAUCGAGAGAGAGAGAUUCACGGAAAGCAUGAGGGGCUUAAGGAAGAAGAACGGUCGACUUUCUAUUGCCGCUAUCGAACACUCCUUGGGUGGCAAGAUGCGGACAAGAAAUUAGUCUUGCCAACUGAUCGAGUCAAAUCCUCUGCGUUCACACUUGUCGGGUCCAACCUCUGGCAGGCAUUUUCGAUGGCAGCAUAUAUGAAGCGAUCGGCCUUGGAUGGUAAAGUGGAUGAUCCCGUUGACCAUGAACGUCAAAAUUAUUUCCAAAAUGCCGUCCAAUUCCCAAACAUCAAGAACCCAAAGAUGAUAGAUAUCAAACCUCUGAAUGGAACUUUUCGAGACCAUUGA